ACCAGUUUCUGGAAAAUGGGGAUAAUGAGGUUGUCGUCAUCAGGAUGGUUGAAUUUGAAAUGGAGCCCAGUAUUCAACCCGAUAUGUCGGGCUGCGGGCCGCAAUCGGAUCUUCCUCCUGUCUGCUUUCUCCACCAUUCACUCAACGCUAUCACUCUACUCAUCAUGCCACCACCCCUCUUCUCCGCACCGCUAUUCAUUUCCCAUGCCCAAUUUCUCCUCUACCGUCUCUGCCCCCCGGGGGCGCCUCCGGGGGGUGGUCUUCGACAUGGACGGAACCCUCACAGUACCCGUCAUUGAUUUCGCUGCUAUGCAUAAAUCUGUGCUCGGCGAUGAGGAGUAUGUCAGAAUUAAAUCUUUAAACCCAUCAGGAAUCGAUAUUUUGCACAUUAUUCAGAGCUGGGCGCCCGAGAAGCAGCGGAGGGCGUAUGAGGUAAUCGCCGAUUUCGAGCGCCAGGGAAUUGACCGCCUGCAAAUUAUGCCCGGUGCUGCGGAGCUUUGUACCUUUCUCGAUUCCAAGAAUAUAAGGAGGGGAUUAAUUACUCGCAAUAUAAAGGAAGCUGUCGAUAUUUUUCAUCAGCGUUUUGGUUGGACAUUUCAUCCAGCAUUAAGCAGGGAAUUUGGUUAUUAUAAACCAAAUCCCGCUCCCCUACUUCAUAUCUGCUCUUCUUGGGAUGUCCUGCCUAAUGAAGUAAUUAUGAUCGGCGAUAGCCUCAGAGAUGACGUUGGAUGUGGGAAGCAAGCAGGAGCGUUCACAUGUUUGCUAGACGAAACAGGACGGUACAACUCGGAGCAUUACGCGAACAUGGAUCUGGAGCCAGAUUUUAAAGUAUCAACGCUGGGUGAAGUUCUUCAUCUUUUGAAUGCAAAUUUUGAGUUGGCCCCAUGAGUUUGAAUAAAAAGGCAAAAUAAGUUCCAAGUUUGUCUGGGUGAUUAUGAUUUAACUUGAAAGUUGAGUCAUUUGAGAUGGGAAUUUGUUUGGGACUGAAAACCAGAGAUGUUGGUUCUUCUUGUAAUUUAAACAUUUAAUGGUGAGUUGAAAACAAGUUAUGAAGAUCGAUCAUCAUAUCAAGCAAUUUUAGCAGCC